CCGAAAAAAUCGAUAUUUCCCACGAAAAUUGUGCAUUAUUUCCGGCUCAACGCGGAGCUGCACCUGUAACUUGUAAUUAUGUCCUACAACGGCUCCUACCAUCAAAAUCAUCAUUCAACACUUCAAGUCAAAUCGAAAUUUGAUUCUGAAUGGCGUCGUUUCUCAAUACCAAUGCAUUCUGCGUCUGGUGUCUCUUACGAUGGGUUCCGGAGCCUUGUCGAGAAGCUUCAUCACCUGGAAAGUGUCCAAUUCACACUGUGCUACAACUCGACUGGCGGUGAUCUUCUACCAAUCACAAAUGACGAUAACCUCCGAAAAUCGUUCGAAUCGGCUCGCCCACUGCUCCGUUUGCUCAUUCAACGCCGCGGUGAAUCAUGGGAAGAGAAAUAUGGUUAUGGUACAGACUCUGAUAAACGAUGGAAGGGAAUUUCAUCACUUAUGGCACAAAAACCACCGAAACGCAGUUAUUCAAUCUCGAAUCCCGAAGAUUUUCGACAGGUCUCUGCAAUCAUCGACGUGGACAUUGUGCCAGAAGCUCAUCGCCGUGUCCGUCUCUGCAAGCACGGACAAGAACGACCACUUGGAUUCUAUAUUCGUGACGGAACAUCGGUUCGAGUGACAGAACGAGGCGUCGUCAAAGUUUCAGGAAUUUUCAUUUCCCGGCUUGUCGAUGGUGGGCUCGCCGAGUCCACAGGCCUUCUUGGUGUUAAUGACGAGGUGCUCGAGGUGAAUGGAAUUGAGGUUCUCGGAAAGACGCUGGAUCAGGUCACUGAUAUGAUGGUCGCCAAUGCUCAUAACUUGAUUAUUACUGUAAAACCUGCCAACCAACGAAACACACUGUCACGAGGACCGUCACAACAAGGAACACCGAACGCCAGUGAGAUGUCGGCCGCCACCGCAGCCGCUACAGGUGGAAUUCAGCGCCCGAUGAAAAUGAACGGAAGCUCCGACGGCAGUUAUCAUCCGAAACAGCACGACGCAAAUGAUUCGGACAGUGGAGAGGACUGAAAAACUCUUUUCAGCCAUUUUUCCUCGAUUUUUUCAGAAAAAAAAACCACAAAAUGUGACCAUUUUUAUACAUAAUUAUAUUAUUUAUAUUCUCGCUAAAACCACACACACACACAACCAAAACCGCUUAAUUUAUUUAUUUUCCCCUUUUUCUCCUAAUUUUUAAUCAAAUUUGUCGGCUUUCUCUUCACUUUUUUGCGCACAAUUUUCACUUUUAUUUCCCCCGUUUCUCGCCCCAAAAUGUGCCUUCCUUUCGCCCUUUUUAUGUGAUUUUUCCCCUUCAGAGCUCUCUGAGCCCAUACUUUUUUUUUCGAACUUUGGCUCAAAUUUUUUGACAACAGACACGACAUACAAUUUUUCCCCUGAAAUUCACAUUAUUAGUGAGAAUAAAUUAUUUAUUUC